UUUGCUGGGCUUGUGCUAGGAAUUGCGAUUGGCUCAGCAGAGCGUAUCGUCGCAACAUCCGAAGUUCCCCUCAUCGGUCCCUCCUUCAUCUCCAAUUUCGAUCCUUCCAAUUCAAGCGCAAUUCAGAAUGCCAGAAGAAAGUUUCCUGACCUGAUCAACAACCUUUUCUCGGAAGGCUCUCUCAACCGUACGGACCUGGCUUUUUCAAUCGACGUGUUCUCAGCGGCAACCAAUGGGUCAAUUUAUAGCUAUUCGCAUGUUGGAGACAACUCUAAGAAGGCGUUGACGUCCGGAGUCCUCAAUGAUAAGACGAUAUCGCGCAUUGGAAGCGUGACAAAACUCUUCACCAUCUACGCGAUUCUUGCCAAGGCGGGUAUCGAAAUAUUCAGUCACCCUGUGACACGGUAUCUGCCUGAGCUCGCCGGUAACUCAUCGAGUGAUCCGUUGGAGAGAAUCAGUUGGGACGAUAUCACUGUUGGUGCGCUAGCCUCUCAACAAGCUGGCUCAGGUGGUAUUGCAGAUUUCUUGAACAAAUACGCGAAGCCGAACGACCCGUUGAACUACACACCGGAAGAGCUCUUUCACUUCAUGCGGGAUGAGAAAAUGCCUGUCAUCUCUCCUUUUAGGAACGCCAUGUAUUCCGAUGGUGGGUUUGCUAUUCUAGGCCAGGUUCUUGCGCGCCUGUCAGGACAAAACUACACAGACGCGGUCCAAGACAUUCUUUUUGAACCACUAGGGCUGAAAGGCACGUCGACAAAAGCCCCAACUGGCAAGGGAAUCAAUGCCAUUGAUCGUUCUAUUAUUGACAAGACAUCGGCAUGGGGACUGGACUCUGAGAUCGUCGCAUCAACUGGCAGCCUUUACUCAAAUGGCGCAGACCUUCGCACAGCAGGUCUUUCCAUAUUAAACUCGGAGCUACUAUCUUCGGCAACAACAUCAGAAUGGUUGAAGCCUCGAAGCGGCACAGGUAGCUUAGUCGAGCUUGUCGGGGCACCAUGGGAAAUCUCUCGCCUAGAGAUUCCAGUCACCCUAAGGUCGAACCGCACACGGAUUUCGGAUCUCUAUACAAAAGCGGGUGGCAACGGCGAUUACACAGCCAUUUUUGCGCUUUCACCGGACCACGGUAUUGGCUACUCUAUCUUGGUUGCCGGUGCGACUGCCACGCCUGCUCGCUGGCCCCUGCGUGAUACGGUCGGUGAGACUUUCAUUCCUGCUGCAGAGCAUGCGGCUGCGGAAAAUGCUAAGCUCAACUUGGCGGGAAAGUUUGUUGAUGAGAAUUCGCCUGAUACCAACCUCACAUUGACCGUUGAUGAAGGUCGUCCGGGGCUUGGGUUGGCGUCAUUCUGGGUCAAGGGCGUCAAUGGUUGCGAUAGCCCGCAUUGGCGCCUAUAUCCCACUGGACUUUAUUCAUGCUCGAGAUCUUUGUCUUCUUUGUAUCGAAGCAAAGGCACAAUGCGUGUGGCGCAUCGGCUGGCAGAGCCAGAACCUCCAAUGAAGCCCCGUGCUGCUGUAGAGGGCGGUAAUGGAGGAGUGUUUGACAAUUCGUUUACCUGGAUGAGUGUUGAUUUCGACGGCCCUGUUGAUGAAUUUGUUUUCAACUUGAUUGAUGGUAAACUUGCGAGUGUUGAGCUCCCAAUUGCAGGCUUUGUGUUAAAGCGGAUCAACUAA